AUGACACGCACGGUGCUUGCUGUGGAUCGGGCCGCCUGCCGGGCCUGUCAGGGUCGGGGGCGAGUGCGGGGGACCCACACGGCGGCAGCCAAUGGGCGUGGAGCUGAGCUGAGCUCGACCUCUGCAAUGACCGAGGGACCUGGGCCUGGCCACUCAGGGGUGGUCACAGGCACGGGACCUCCUCUAAGCUGCAACUGUCAGCCUCUGUGUCCAUCUUCAGGCGGCGAGGAGCUAAGAGUGAAAGAGCGCCCACUGUGGGCCAGGCACAGUGCCCAGCAUCGCACCUGCCACGUCCCAGGAGCCUUCUGCUUCCCAGUCUACAGAAGGGGAAACCGAGGCUCGGGGAGACAGUCACGGAGUAGAAGACAGCCUUGUGUGAACUGCUCUCAUGAGGACAUCCUGUGUGAGCGGAAGGCUUUGGAGUUGAAGGCACAUAGACACAUGGUGUUCAAGGGACAGAGCCUCUUCGGGGAUGACCACUCUGUGCAGGUCCUGAGCCAUCACUGGGCCGACCCGUUUGACUUUUCCAAGCCGGAAACUGAGGUCAGAGCAGGGGAACAGCCACGGUCACACAGCAAAAGUGGCAAACUCAGCAGAGAUCCAAGGCUGACCAAGAAUAGCCCUGGCAAGGAGGAGGCAUUUAUAGGACGCCUGUGACGUGCCACACUCUGCUCC